UUAGUAACUUGUGGCUUCUGUUUUUACCCACAAUCCCCUCGGGUGGCCAACGGGAUCAUAGUGUUGUAGCUGACAUUGGUAGCUAUAAUUUAGUUGCAUAUGUGGUCCGCUUAAUACACACGGUCAAUAAUGGAUAAAGACCAGCGUAACAGCGUUGUCUUUAAUGCAUCGAAGAGAGAACUAUUCACUGCUAAUACUGGGUACAAGUCACUUCAGAAGAGACUCCGGGUACAAUGGAAGAUACAGAGCAUAAAAGAGGAGCUCACCCAGGAGAAACUGAUGGGCUCUAAGCUGUGGAUCACUGCGGGGCCAAGAGAGAAGUUCACUGGGUCUGAGCUUGAAGUCCUCAAGCAUUAUCUGGAUGGUGGUGGGAAUAUGCUUGUGAUGCUGGGAGAAGGAGGGGAAAUGAGAUAUGACACCAACAUCAACUUCCUCCUGGAGGAGUUUGGAAUCAUGGUUAACAAUGAUGCUGUGGUGAGGAAUGUUUAUUACAAAUAUUUCCACCCCAAAGAAGCAUUAGUCGCCAAUGGUGUUUUAAACAGAGAGAUCAGUCGAGCUGCUGGUAAAACCGUGACAGGCGUCAUUGAUGAUGAAAGUGCUGGAAACAAUGCAAAGGCCCUUACCUUUGUCUACCCCUAUGGAGCCACUCUGAGUGUAAUGAAACCUGCUGCGGCUGUUCUUUCCACUGGUUCUGUCUGCUUCCCCCUCAACCGACCUGUUCUGGCAUUCUACAGAGCCAAGGAUGGAGGAAAACUGGCAGUGAUAGGCUCCUGUCACAUGUUUAGUGACCAGUAUCUUGACAAGGAGGAGAACAGUAAAAUAAUGGACGUUGUGUUCCAGUGGCUGAUGACGGAUAACAUUCACCUCAACCAGAUAGAUGCAGAGGACCCAGAAAUCACGGACUACACCAUGUUACCUGACACAGGAUGCCUGUCCGAGAGACUACGGGUGUGCCUUCAGGAGGGAGACGAAAACCCACGUGACUUCACGUCCCUGUUUGACAUGUCACUGAUGAAGCUGUCAACAGACACCCUGCCUCGCGUUAUCAGCUCCUACAAGCAACUGAAUGUGAAACAUGAGCAACUACAGCUGAUUCAGCCUCAGUUUGAAACACCCCUACCCCCUCUUCAACCAGCAGUCUUUCAGCCCGCUUUCAGGGACCUUCCUCCUCCAAUGCUUGACCUCUUUGACCUUGACGAGACAUUUUCCUCUGAGAAAGUGAGACUGGCUCAGCUCUCGAACAAAUGCACAGACGAUGAUCUGGAAUUUUAUGUGCGGAAGUGUGGGGACAUCCUCGGUGUGACUGCAAAGUUGGAUAAGGAUGGCAGAGAUGCGAAGCACAUCCUAGAGCACAUUUUCUUCCAGGUGGUGGAAUUCAAGAAACUCAAUCAGGAGCAUGAUAUUGACACUACAGAUGUGAGAUUUUCACCCCUCUGAUGGCUCAGAGGUUAUCCGGAAACAACAGGACAACACUUAUUGGGGCAAGUGUAUACAUUGGAGCUACCCACAACGGUCCCAUCCAUCCAACUCCCGUUUCCCCAAAUGGUUUAGGUUGGUACUGUACAUAGCGAAACCAAAUGAAUAUUUUCAUGUACAUUUGAGUUGGUAUUGAUCAGCAUAGAAAAAAACAUGCAGGUCAAGACCCCUUUUCUUUGCCUUUUGAUAAUCUGUUUACUACUUUUUUCAAUGUUGAAAUCAUAUUUAAUAAAACAAAUAUUGACUGUAUAAUUGUACACAAAUAAAAGUUUUAAUACAAA